AUGGCUCCUAGUUCGGAAAUCCUCGCCAGCGCUCAACCGGAUCCCGACUUUCUCCAAAUCUUAAAGUCCAGCAGCCCUCCGCCGCUUCCGACCAAUGUCGAUAUACCAACUCUUCGAGCUACUUCAAAUAAGCACAAAAAUGAGGCACGAGACGCACUAGGAGGCCCCCCUCCGAACCUGACCGAGCGAGAUAUUGAGAUACCUGUUCGUGACGGCAGCAGUAUUCUUGCCUAUGUUUAUUCUCCAUCAGAUGUCGUCCCAGGAGAUGAGCUUCCUAUCUUUUUAUUCUUCCAUGGCGGAGGCUUCUGCCUAGGCACGCGCCAUGAUGAUAUGGAGUCCAACAGGAUCUUGGCGCUCAAAGCUGGUAUUAUAAUUGUCUGCCUUGACUACCGUCUUGCUCCGGAAUAUCCGUUCCCUCAGGCCAUUCAUGAUGGAGUUGACGCUUUGCAAUGGAUCGCUCAAAAUCCAACACAAGUUCACCCUUCCGCAUCCCCUUCAGCAGGUCUAAUCAUCGGAGGCACCUCAGCAGGAGCAAACAUCGCUAAUGGUGUGGUGUAUCUAAACCGCGACCUCGGAUCUCCCGCCAAGGUCACUGGGCAGUUUCUCGGCGUCGGACCUCUUCUUCCUCCACCAUUCGUUCCCGAAAAGUACAAAGACGACUACGUCAGUCACGAGCAGAACAAACACGUAACUAUACCUCCCGAAGAACUAGCUCGCGCAUUCGUUGCUGCAUACAAGCCAGAUCCAAACUCGCCGAUCGCAGUGCCUGCUGUCCAUCCAUCAGGACACUCAGGAAUUCCUCCAACAUACUUUCAAGUCUGCGGGCUUGAUGGUUUGAGGGACGAGAGUAUCAUUUACGAGCGGAUUCUUCAGCAUGAUAACAUCCCUACGCGACUAGAUCUGUAUCCUGGUCUACCGCAUCACUUCUGGGAAUUCUUCCCUCAAUUGACCAAACAGGUUGAAAAGAGAACAAAUGAUACAGUGGAGGGAAUUAAAUGUUGUAACUCGGAAUUUGGGUUUAGUUAUGGCAAUUUCCGUCGCAAAGAUAAUCUCCGGACAGGUCGGCAUUCAGAAUAUCCAUUAUUUCCCACUGACCUGUUGAUUUCCACUGGUAUUCACUUAAACCUUGUUGAGUCUCCAUUCUUGGCGAAUCGCCGAAAGGCACGCGACAGCGGAGAUGUCGAAGCCAGGCCCAGCUCAGAGCCUUCGGGUCCUCAUUACCAAAGCUACAGUCAACCCUUCGCUGGAAGACUCGGUGCCAAUCAGGCGUACGUUGUCGAAGGAGGAACAUCGGAAGACGACCAUUUACUGCAUCAUGCCCCGGAUGCCACGCCGCACAUGUCUUUCUGGGAGUUGAUGGACAUGCGUCCGAUCAAGAAUCUGGAUUUAUGGAAAGCGGCGCUUAUUGAAGGCAUCGGCACUUUGCUAUUUGUGUAUAUCACGAUAUGGGUCAAUAUCUCGCCAGACAUAGCGCCCGCUGCUCCAACACAACGUUUCGGGAGCUUUGACAAUGCUGCUUUCCUCGGGCCUCUUAUUGGCGGUAUGACCAACCUAAUCUUCAUAACGCUCUUCAUUACGUCUUUUGGAGCAAUUUCCGGUGCUCAUUUCAAUCCUCUGAUCACCUUCGCCACUUUCUGCGCUCGCCUUUGCUCGUUACCGCGUCUGAUACUCUACGUCGCAGCUCAGAUCGGCGGCGCCGCCCUGGCAGGCUUAUUAGUCAGAGCAAGCUGGGGAGGCCGAGAUUUCAAAGUUGGCGGUUGCUGGCUGUUUACGGAUAUCGUCCCGCCAAAGGAGAUAUUUGUCGUGGAGCUAGUGUCAGCUACCCUUCUCUUGUUCCUUGCUUUUGGUGUUGGCCUGGACCCACGACAAGCGAAGAUCAUUGGUCCAGCGCUGGGACCUUUCAUGGUAGGAUUGAGUGUUGGCACUAUGAGCUUUGCUAGUGCUUUCGCGCGAUAUGGAUACGGAGGUGCAGGGUUGAACCCUGCGAGAUGUAUGGGCGCUUUUGUCGGGAGCCGAUUUCCUAGCUGGCAUUGGAUACACUGGGUUGCUGAUGGAAUUGCUUGCAUCAUCCAUGGCGUAUGUUAUUACUUCAUUCCGCCGUGGACGGAGGUGCGGCAGUAG